GUUAAGGAACUUCUUAUUCAAAAACACAAAGAACUGAAAAUGGGUUCGCCAGAGGAUUAUGAUACCUUUGUAUCAGCGGUUAUUGAUGGCAAGUCGUACAAGAAAAUAAAAGAGUACAUCGAUUAUGCCAAAGAAAGCCCAGAUCUCAGUAUUAUUGCCGGAGGAAAGUGCGAUGACAGUGUGGGUUAUUUUGUUGAACCAACUAUCAUCGAGACUAAGAAACCCGAUGACAAACUCAUGAACGAGGAAAUUUUCGGCCCUGUUCUUACCGUAUACGUAUACCCAGACCAAAAAUGCAAGGAGACGCUUCAAUUAGUAGACAAGACUUCUCCAUUUGCUCUGACCGGGUCCAUUUUUGCAAAAGACAGAUAUUUUAUCCAAGAAGCAGCUGAUAUUCUGAAAGAUGCAGCUGGUAACUUUUAUAUCAACGACAAAUCAACUGGAUCUGUUGUGGGUCAGCAACCUUUUGGAGGUGCGCGUCUUUCAGGAACAAAUGACAAGGCAGGCAGCUCUCAUUACAUCUUGAGAUGGGUCUCACCACAAAGUGUUAAAGAAACCGUGGUACCAAUCGAUGACUACAAAUAUCCGCAUCAAUCAUGAAUUACUUCAGUCAGUGCUGUAAUUUUCUGAGAAGAACAGAAUGUAUUCGAUGGUUUCAAAGCAAAUUUCUGCUCUCGCUAAGGGCGGGAGUGAAUGCAGUAAAGGAAGUAAGGAAGAAUUCGGAAACUGUCCAGAAAUCAUCGCAAAUGAUUUGCAGUUUUAAAUGAACGAUUUUUUAACAAGCGUUUCAAAAACGUUGGGAACGAGAUUGCUCUAUUUACUUGAAAUUUAAUUCGAAUAAUUUUGGGAAAAUUUUGUACAGAAGAUGCAUUGAUAUCAAGCCACACGUAGUGAAAAUGUGCAUGGUUUCUUAUCAAGAACAAAUGUCUUGAGAAAAACGAAUAAAUAAAUCAAUUAUCUAAUUUUAA